UUGACGCCCAAUCACUUAUCGCUCUAAAACCGAGGAAGGGACUGCCUUUUUGGUGUCAGACUAUUUAAGACCCGCGUGUCUGCGCACCGGAUACUGCGCGCUGCUCCUCUGCAAGUCCUCCUUUUUUCCAUCCCCUUAAAUAUUUUCCAUCUGCGCCGGUCGCCUCUUUCCUUCCCUCUGGACUUCACAUUAUUUAUACAUAUUGGGACUCGACACUGACAUGGCUUUUUACCCUUACCCCGCGCAAAACGGUGUAUACGCUGCCCCCAUAAUAGCGCAGACGGUAUCACCAUAUUCUAGCCAUUACUCUAGCUUUGAUGAAAGAGAAUCCGUGGUCGAAAGGUGUGGAAAGGAGUUUUUCCAGGCGAAAAAACAUGCAGAGGAGGCGCAAAGGGUGGAGCACCAUUAUGGACACGCCUACCAGAGGGCCAAGGAAGACUUCGAGAGACGUAGGAAGAUCGAAAGGGAUACUGAAAUAUAUUAUCGUAGUCGAGGUCUCCGACCACCUUCUUACGCGGCCGCAUAUCCCCCUGGGUCCUUCGUCUCGCCGGUGACAGCUGCUGCGCCUAUUCUCACCUCCCCUCUUCAGUAUAGCCCAUCGUUUGUCCCAAGUGGGCCAACGCCGUACGUAGCCCCCCAAAGCACACCUAAUUUCGCUUCGGGACCUAUCCCGUCCUACCCUGGUGGGGCGUAUGUGACUCCGGGGAUUCAGAUAGACCCUUGGCAGCAUAUUGCCCCUGCACCCGCCUAUUAUAACGUAUCUCCGCCUCCGCCUAACCCCUUCUCUCUCACUCCAGAAUCAACACGGAUGGCGAGCCAGGUCCAGCCGAAUAAAUGGAAAACGGGAAAAACUUCCACGCUUUUUCAGAACGAGCGACGUCCUCAGGAGCUAAACUCCCAUCGAUCGACUGUUCACAUCCACCCAAUGCUCUCUAGUGUAGAUGGGAAAACCUAUCCGCUUAUCGUAGAUCUUGCGAGGAGGCGCAAGGACAUCACUUCGAUCGAGGAACCAGGGACGCGCUGGGAGGACGAAGAGAUAUUGUCACAGCCCGCAACCUUGCCCAGAGUCACUCGCCUGAGACUUAUGUCUCCGAAGGUUAUGGGUCCUAUUCAGAUUGUCAACCGAGGAGGAGUUACGGUGAACGAUGUUUUUAUCCAUCUAUUUGAUCACUUUCACCAGCCAAUACCCAGUCCUGCUAUCCCCGAGGAAUCCCUUGUACAACUCCAAAUAGCCUAUCGUGCAAACAUGCGGCAAUGGAUGGGAGACCCCACACAAAUGCCUGACCAUUUCCGAACAGUUGAUAAUCUUUACGGAGAACCUAUUUUCGACGGUCUCCAUGCUGAUCCCGAUCUUGUUGACGAGUGGCUGGGCGAACGUGAUGCCGCUACCCUUAUAAUGAACUUCAAGUCAAGGACCUCACUCGGAGAUAUAUAGCAGCCUCGCUCUCCAGCCAUAUCAAGCUCAAGUAAUAUCACUUGCUCCUCCCCCCAUUGCCAUCGCGGCCGCGGAACAUUGGGAGCCGCCGCCUCCAAACGUUACCCAAGCAUCCCAACCACACAUUCAUGAAGAAGAUCUCUUCAAUGCAUUGUGUGCUCAGCAAGAAUGGAAGUUUGAGCCUCUUGGACGCCGUCAGAAAAUAGGCAGAUUCUUUCGUCGUUUGGUGGGGAAAGAUUA